GAUUAGCUUCCGAAGACGGAGGAAUCCCAGAUUUGCAUCUUAACAUCUGAAGGUCUCCGACUCUUAACUUCCCAGCAGAACUUUUUCAAAUUUUCCGGCAGCCAACGGUGAGCUAGGGUUUAGAAGAUGCCGCAAAGACACUCGAAGAACAACAAUGAUCUUGCCUUCUUUACAUACGACGAGAAGCGAAAGCUUGGCUAUGGAACUCAAAAGGAGAGGCUUGGGAGGGACUCUAUCAAGCCGUUUGAUGCUUGUUGUCUUUGUUUGAAGCCAUUUAUUGACCCUUUGUGCUGUCAAAAAGGUCAUGUUUUUUGUAAAGAGUGCAUUCUUGAAUGCCUUUUGUCUCAGAAAAAGGACAUCCAAAGAAAGCUAGAAGCCCAUUCCGCUCAGCAGAAGCAAGACAAGGAAGAGGAGGAAGAGAGGUUGAUGCUGCAAAAGGCUAGAGAGCUUGAUGCAUUUGAUCAACAGAACCAUGGUGCAGUACCCCAAUAUAGUGAUAAGAACUACAAUAGAGACAAGAAUGGUUUCCAUGGGGCUAACAGUGUGAAGACCACGUCUUUUGAAGAAGAAGCACUCCGUACCAUGAAAGCCUUUUGGCUCCCUUCUGCUACACCCGACGCUCCAGUUAAAGUAGAAGCUCCAUCUAUGAGCACGAUUUGUCCAGAGGGGAGGGAGAAACUCAAGUUGAAGUCACUCUUCCCAGUUUACUUCACAGAGGAUACCAGUGAAUUGAAGAAAUCAAAGUCUCUUGAUAAGAACUUUAUCUGUCCUAGCUGCAAGGUCACCCUAACAAACACCGUUGCACUAAUGGCUCUGAAUUCUUGUGGGCAUGUGUUUUGCAAGAAAUGUGGAGAAAAGUUUAUUGCUGUUGACAAAGUUUGUCUGGUCUGCAACAAACCUUGUAAAGAGAGGAAUUUGGUCAAUUUGGGAAAAGGAGGAACAGGCUUUGCUGGCCAUGGAGAUCAUCUUGAAGCGAAGGAUUUCAAGCAUCUAGGUAGUGGAAGUGGCUUGGGACUGGUAAGACCCGCAAUGAAGACAUGAUUUUUCCCUUUCUUUUUUGGCAGUUAAGCAAGUCCAAGCUGCAUGUAUAUUUGGCUGUUACCUGAUAUAUUACCUUUACAUUUCUUUGGAUCAGUUAUGUCUGUCGUAACUCCCUGAAAGUGUUUGGUUGAUAUUCUGGCCCAAGGCCUAGCAUUUGUGUUUUUCUUCAGAUAUUUCUCUUUCGUCA